UCGACAGACGGUACCACGUGUAGAUUUGCAAGUGGUCGUGAACAUGAUGUUCUUAAUGACUAUUUCUUAUUGGUUGCAUUCACCCGUAAUCCUAAUCAUGAACAUGCUGUUGUUAAUAAUCCUGUGUCAAGUACUUUGUAUACUUGUUUUUUUGCCAAUUCUAUUGAUAAAAUGGAGAAAAUUUUACUCAAAGAAGCGCAACGAGAGACAGCAGACUGGAACAGUUGUCGGGAUCUUUCAUCCAUACUGCAAUGCAGGUGGAGGAGGCGAAAGAGUACUUUGGUUUGCAGUUCAUGCUAUACAGACCAAAUAUCCUGACGUACAUAUAGCUAUAUACACUGGUGAUCUUGACGCAGAUCCUGAAAAGAUUCUCAGCAAAACUGAAAAGACAUUCAAUGUGAAAUUACAAUCAAAUAUCGAAUUUGUCUAUUUGCAUGGGCGAAAAUGGGUGGACGCUUCUACAUAUCCUUAUUUCACACUUCUAGGACAAAGCCUGGGGUCCAUCUACUUGGGUAUUGAAGCGUUAAACAAUCUUACACCAGACAUAUACAUUGACACGAUGGGUUAUGCGUUUACAUAUCCAUUGUUUAAAUACAUCGGUGGUUGCCAAGUCGGAUCAUAUACGCACUAUCCCACUAUUUCGUCUGAUAUGUUGAAGUAUGUCUACAGGAGAGUUAUCUCGCACAACAAUGGAAGGAUCAUCGCCAAAAAUCCGUUCCUUUCAGGAUUGAAAUUCCUUUACUAUAAAUUAUUCGGAUAUUUGUAUGGAUUGGUUGGUAGUUGCACCGACAUUGUGAUGGUAAAUUCCUCAUGGACUGAAGAGCAUAUCAAUACUAUUUGGAAAUGUCCACUGAAGACGCAUCGAGUGUAUCCCCCGUGUAGUGUAGAGCAUUUGACUGAAUUAUCGCUUCUCAGCGAUGAGCAGAAGGAUGGCUAUAUACGCUUAAUUGCGAUCGCGCAAUUCAGGCCGGAGAAAAAUCAUCCACUUAUGUUGAGAGCGAUGUUCGAGCUAAGAUCUAUUCUUAAGGAGGAAAUCUGGGAAAAAGUCAAAUUAGUCUGUAUCGGUUCUUGUCGAGAUGCCGAGGAUGAAAAGCGCGUUAAGGAUAUGCAAGAUUUGGCUAAAUACUUGGCUUUAGAGAAGAACGUCGAGUUCAAGUUGAAUAUACCGUACUCCGAACUCGUGUCCGAACUGCAAAGAGGAACGAUUGGUCUGCAUACAAUGUUCAAUGAACAUUUUGGUAUUAGCAUUGUGGAGUGCAUGGCAGCAGGAUUAAUUAUGGUGGCCCAUGCUUCUGGUGGUCCGAGGACAGAUAUCAUAGAAACACGAAAGGGUAGUAUAACUGGUUUUCUAGCAGAAGACGAAAUAGAAUAUGCCAAAGUACUAGCGUCCAUCAUACAAAUGCAACCAAAAGAUCGAAAUGUUAUUAGAGUUGCGGCCAGGUACACAAAUCAAGGAUAUAUAUUUUAUAAUUGUUCGAUUUAUGAAAUAACAAUUCUUUUAUAUAUACCGAUUUUUCGUUUUUUUUUGUUUAGAUCAUCUGUAACUCGUUUCUCAUGCCAAGUCUUUGAGAAGGAAUUCCUACGGGCAGUCGAACCGUUUUUCAGAUCGAAACAAGAAUAGUAUUGUUGUGUUACAAUUCUUUUAAAAUAAUAAAUAACGGACAUAUGUGUGUGUAAAUAGCUCAUUUCAA